CCCCGCCUCUUCCUCUCGGUCCCAUAUUGAACUCGAGUUGGAAGAGGCGAGUCCGGUCUCAAAAUGGAGGUAAAACCGCCGCCCGGUCGCCCCCAGCCCGACUCCGGCCGUCGCCGCCGCCGCCGGGGGGAGGAGGGCCAUGAUCCAAAGGAACCAGAGCAGUUGAGAAAACUGUUUAUUGGUGGUCUGAGCUUUGAAACUACAGAUGAUAGUUUAAGAGAACAUUUUGAGAAAUGGGGCACCCUUACAGAUUGUGUUGUAAUGAGAGACCCCCAAACAAAACGUUCCAGGGGCUUUGGUUUUGUGACUUACUCUUGCGUUGAAGAGGUGGAUGCAGCAAUGUGUGCUCGACCACACAAGGUUGAUGGGCGUGUAGUGGAACCAAAGAGAGCUGUUUCUAGAGAGGAUUCUGUAAAGCCUGGUGCCCAUCUAACAGUGAAGAAAAUUUUUGUGGGUGGUAUUAAGGAAGAUACAGAAGAGUAUAAUUUGAGAGACUACUUUGAAAAGUAUGGCAAGAUUGAAACCAUAGAAGUUAUGGAAGACAGGCAGAGUGGAAAAAAGAGAGGAUUUGCUUUUGUAACAUUUGAUGAUCAUGAUACAGUUGAUAAAAUUGUUGUUCAGAAAUACCACACUAUUAAUGGGCAUAAUUGUGAAGUGAAAAAGGCCCUUUCUAAACAAGAAAUGCAGUCUGCUGGAUCGCAGAGAGGUCGUGGAGGUGGAUCUGGGAACUUUAUGGGUCGUGGAGGAAACUUCGGAGGUGGUGGAGGUAACUUCGGCCGUGGUGGAAACUUUGGCGGAAGAGGAGGCUAUGGUGGAGGUGGUGGCAGCAGAGGUAGUUACGGAGGAGGUGAUGGUGGAUAUAAUGGAUUUGGAGGUGAUGGCAACUAUGGCGGUGGUCCUGGUUAUAGUAGUAGAGGAGGGUAUGGUGGUGGUGGUGGUGGAGGACCAGGAUAUGGAAACCAAGGUGGUGGAUACGGUGGUGGUGGAGGAUAUGAUGGUUACAAUGAAGGAGGAAAUUUUGGCGGUGGUAACUAUGGUGGUGGAAACUAUAAUGAUUUCGGAAAUUAUAGUGGACAACAGCAAUCAAAUUACGGACCCAUGAAGGGGGGAAGUUUUGGUGGAAGAAGUUCGGGCAGUCCCUAUGGUGGUGGUUAUGGAUCUGGUGGUGGAAGUGGUGGAUAUGGUAGCAGAAGGUUCUAAAAACUCAACAGAAGAGGGUUGAAUGAGAACCCACUUGCCUAAAAGAGGAAUGUCUUUCCUACCAUCUUAAAUACGAAGGUUUCUGGCUGGGUAAGGUUUGUAGCUCACAGUAAAACCUGAUGACACCAUUUGUUUCCCAACAAAUUGAUAUUACAUAUUUUAAAAGUCUUAGGUACGUUGGCAAAAUUGUUCAGCUGAAAACUCUUGGAACCACAUUCAACACAUUUUAAACAAUUUAAAAAAUUUCCCUGCAGUAACCAUGAGUGUUCGUCUUAGUCAGAUGUGGCCCCGUGUAUCCAAGUCCUUGUUGGUGUCUUUAGGUAAAGUCGAUUUUCGAUGAAGAGCAACCUGAGAUUUUGUAAUAAGCCUGACUUAAAACAGAAGCGUGAAGUUGCCAACGCGCUCUAGGAAAACGCCUUAGAGUGGGCGCUGGGGAGGUGUCAGAGGAUACAGGUGGAGAAGAUGGUGUUCGUUCAAGUGGCCUCAUGUAUAAGGUCUCUUGAAUAGAAAUUUAGGGAAUUAUUUGGACUAAGGCUAAGUUUGUUUUUUUUGUUUGUUUUUUUUUUGUGUUUAACCUGUUAACCAGGAGUGGGGCCUAACUUGCUAAUCCUCUUUUUAAAAGACAACUUUUCCAAAAGAGUAAUUAAAAUACUACUCAACUACUGUUGAGAUCAGUUGCUGAUUGUUCACAAGGGCUAUUGUUGCUGCCCCCAAAGGGCUUGUCAAAAGUUGAGAAUUGAGGUUGAUUCACUUUUUAAAAAAAUACUUUUGGGGGGACAGAGGCUUAAAAUUAGUCUCUAAAUUAUAAGUAAAUCAAGUUCUUAGAUAAACAAGAGUAGAUUGCCAGAGAUUAUUCUCAGAAAAUGACUGGUUGGCUCUUUGUUUCCGUGUCUAAAUCAGGACCGAAUUUCUACACAUCACCAUAGAAUGAAGUGUUGAAUAAGGUAAUAAUAGCUUUUUAAUAAGUUUUCUUUACAACAUGGUUUUAGUGGAGUAGAUUUCUUAAGACAGGAAACAUUUUCUUUUUUAAAGGCAUUGUUCCUUCCAGUCCAUCUCGUUUCUUUAUAAAGAAAUAAAGUGACUUUAUUUUAAACGUAGUUCCACUGUCAUUUCUGAAAAAUGUAAUGCUCUUUAAGUCAUAGCACCGGUAAACAAAGUAAGUUAUGUAAGGGGGAAAUGGUUGCAGCAAACUUUUUAACUGAUUUUGUCAAACCAACUCAUAGGUUACUGCUUCCCACACUACAUUGGUCCAAAAACAAAAAAAAAACUCGACAGCACUCAGGUCCUAAAGAAGAAAUUUAUCUCAUAAUAAAGAACAUCUGUUAUGGAACUAAACAACUGAAAUAGGCUUGGUUUUAAGAGUUCCGGUAUCUAAGUCACAAUUUGAAACAUUUCUAAUAAACAGUAUCUCUUGGAGUUUCAGUACUGUCACAAAGUAGUGAAUAAGCAUGUGCAGGGGUAAAUGUAAGGAUUGUUAACCUAUAUAAACAGAAUUUUAAACUUCAGUGUGUUUUAUUCUGAUUUUUAAGACAAGAGGUGGUCUGUAAUGGAUUCAAAUGUUUCAUUUGUAGUAUAAUGAAAUGUUUACAGAAAGAACUUUUUCAUUAAAAUAUUUUUAGAAAUGUG